AACUGAUUUUGCUUAAACAGCAUAAUACUCUUUAGGCCGGGAGUGGAGAAGACGAAGGUGGCUCAAAUCCUCGAUAGCAGAAGAUAAUCCGAUCGCGACCGCAAUUUAUCCGAGAAUGAGUGAAUGUAUGGUCUCAUCCAUGGCUAUUCCUUUGCGAAUUCCUCGAACACUCACGUCAUUUCUGCUGCGUACUCACCAGAACUCCUCGUUUCAUUUUCUCUCUUCAAAUCUCUCCGCACAAAGUAAUUCGGUCCAGAAGGUGAAUCGAAAUGAGUUUUCUGCAAGACCGCAAUCCUCCGGCUAUAGUCGACUGAAGACAUUGUGCACCAAAGCUCAGCUAUCCGAGAAUCGGUUCUCCAGUGUUGCUGCUGAAUCAACCGGACCGAUUCCAUCCGAUCAACUACUACGAGUGGUUGAAAUAGCUGCUAAGACUGGUGCCGAGGUUGUGAUGGAUGCUGUAAAUAAGCCUAGGAAUGUCACGUAUAAAGGACUUACUGAUUUAGUCACAGACACAGAUAAAAUGAGUGAGAUUGCUAUAUUGGAAGUAGUAAGAAGGAAUUUCAAGGAUCACCUCAUCCUUGGAGAGGAGGGAGGGCUUAUUGGAGAUUCAUCUUCUGAUUAUCUUUGGUGUAUAGAUCCAUUAGAUGGGACAACUAAUUUUGCACAUUGCUACCCUAGCUUUGCAGUAUCAGUGGGAGUUCUGUUUAGAGGGAAGCCAGCUGCUGCUGCGGUGGUAGAAUUUGUUGGAGGACCCAUGUGCUGGAAUACGCGCAUAUUUUCUGCAACUGCUGGAGGAGGUGCAUUUUGUAAUGGGCAGAAAAUACACACGAGUUCUACUGAUAUGAUUGAACGAUCUCUUCUGGUGACUGGCUUUGGGUAUGAACACGAUGAUGCUUGGGCCACAAACAUCGAAUUAUUCAAACACUUCACUGAUGUCAGUAGGGGCGUGAGAAGGCUUGGUGCUGCUGCAGUUGAUAUGUGUCAUGUUGCUCUUGGAAUCGUAGAAGCCUAUUGGGAAUAUCGUUUAAAACCAUGGGAUAUGGCUGCUGGUGUACUGAUAGUUGAAGAAGCGGGAGGGAGAGUUUCGUGCAUGGAUGGAGGAAAAUUUUCAGUAUUUGAUCGAUCUGUAUUGGUAUCAAAUGGCAUAUUACAUGACAAGAUUGUGGAGAAAACUGGUCCUGCAACGGAGAGUCUAAAAGGGAAAGGGAUAGAUUUCUCAUUGUGGUAUAAGCCAAAUGAUUAUCAUACAGACCUUUAAUAAAAACAACCACAACAAGAAGGUUCAAAAACAGGGCGGUUGCGUUUCGGCAUUUUAUUUGGUUGAAACUUCCCAUUUUAAAACACCUAUAUUUUGUCACAAUUCUAAAAUUGUUCAAACUAAAAUUUAAAGUUAUUUUUUUAUUUUUGAA